GUACUACAUGACUCAGUAAUUUCUGAAAUUAGCCUGCUCUGCUCUACAGCUAUAUGUCUACAGUCCUCCAGCUAGACCUGAAGCUGUAAAUCAGAUUCAAAAUGGCUUUGGCUGAGGUUAGCAAAACUGUCCCUGUAAAGAAAACUGGUGUAGAAAACCUAUUAACAAGAUUCAAGUCACUUGUAUUUCAAAAAACACAACAGACUGAGCUAGACUUGAAAGAGCAUGUAGAAAAAGUCAAGCAUGAGAAUAUUUUAUUGGCUGACGCUGAGACUAAAGUCCCUGAUCUUCUAGAUCUACAUGUACCUCCAGAUGAAGAGAAUGCUAUAGUAUUGAAGCAACAGUCCGGCUCAUCGCAUAUCACUGAUAUUAUACAAGAUGUUUGCAGCUCAACAGUUGGACUAAUUCGUGAAGCCAACCCAACAGUGAUGUUUGAAUACAUGAAGAAGGCAUUUUCCAGUAUUCCUCAAGCUACUAUUGACUUGUUAAGCAAAGAACCAAAAGUCAAGGAGAGCAGAGAUCUCAUCCUAAAAUGCAAUGUUAUCAAAGCAAGCAACUUGCCAUCCAAAGAUUUUUCUAGUACUUCUGAAAUAUACUGGAUAGCGACAAUUAUGAACAAAGAGUUUAUUGAUUCGAUAGACAGCAUUAAAGAAUUAAGCGAGAAAAGAUUAAUCGGUCAGACUUGGCAGUCAUCUUUCAAGACAAAAACACUUAAUCCAGUUUGGAAUGAACCAUUUGAAAUAUGCAUCACUGAUCCUGAAAAUCAAUGUCUUGUCAUAGAAUUGUGGUGUUCUCAAAAAGAGCAAAAAAAGUCGUCAAAACAAAUUGAGAAAGAUGACAAUUUUUUGGGUCGUGCAUUAUACAUACUCCAAGAUAUUCCUGCAAGUGGAGAGGAAAAAAUGCUCAAACUCAUUGACAAGUCUACACACUCAAAAGGAACAGUUUUAAUUUUUUUGAAGAUUACAGAAAAACAGGUUGAUAGAAAGCCAGAGGAAGGUUACUUGAGUCAUAAGCAGUUAUUUGAAGACAUCGUUAGUUGGGAGAGCAAAAGUGAAUCAGGUCACUUAUCUCAUUGGGAUUGCAAAUUGUCCGAAGAUUUUUACAAAACUUUGGCACAGCAUGCUUCGCUUCAUCACAUCUCUCAAUUGCAACAAGCUGCUAUUCAACUCACUGUCCUAUUAAAUUAUCACAGAGCACAUCGUGUUAAAAUAGGCGUGUUUUGCAGUUUAUUGCAAACAAUCCAUUUUUAUGAAUAUAAGAUACAACAGCACAGCAGAGAUGAAUCUUGGAUUAAUCAGCUUUUAAAAGAUCUUAAAGAUCUCAGAAAUUAUAUCUUAAAUAUCAUGAAUUGCCAUAUAAACUUUUUUAACAAUUUUGGAUCGAUCAAAAGUAUUUCACUCUUUAAAGACCAUGUCCUAGUACUGCGUGAUCUAUGUCAAAUUAAAUUGCUACGACCCCAAUUGGCACCAGAGCAACUGGAUUUGAGAGUAGUCCUGACUAAUGCUAUUCAGACUGCUGUUCCUCAUUGGAUGAUUUUGUUAUCAGCUAAGAUGAAACCUGACCACAAUUCUUCUGAAAAUACAUUGCUCACUUUGAAAGCAUUUUGCUCUCACUGUCUUACUCUCUGUCAAAGAUCACUGACGAGGGUUCAUCCAGUUUUAAUUGAGAUUGGCGUGGAUUAUUUCUCCCCUUUUUUUGCCAGCAUGGAUAAGAUUCUCUAUGGAGAAACAAGUAGCCGUUUAGAAAGCUACAGUGGUUCUUCUAUACUUAGUUAUGAGAUAUAUAGAAUUAUUCAAGAGAUUGAGACUUACUCCUAUGAAGUUAAUCCUGAAUUCUUAAAAGAGCAAAGAAGAACUCUUUUUAUCACCUCUUUUCAUGCCUGGUUUGAGAAGUAUGUAUUUGAUUGGGUUAAAGUUGCUCAGCUCAAAGUGAGAGAGAGAUUGGAUCGAGCGCUUGAAUUGGACGCCAUUGUUGAAACCAGUGACAAGGCUCCUUUUUCUUCCUCUGCUGUUGACACUCAUGCUUUCUUUCUUCAAGCUAUUACUUUUUGGAAGGAUCUCAAAUGGCCAGUCAGAGGUCAAUCAUUAGGUUACUUUAUUGCUAUCCUACAGUGUAUCUGUGAAAUGGCAGCUUAUUACACUGAUAAAGUUGUUGCAAAAAUAAAAACUGGUUUAUCUCUUUACAAUGAUGGAGAUUUUGUUGUUACUGAUAAGCUUUGUGUAGCGCUUAACAACAUACAUCACAUCAGUGAAGUCUUAAAGAAUAUCCCAAAUGAAAUAAGCCUUGAAAGAUACUACAGAUGGCUUGAUGAAGAGAAACGAGAAGAUGGACAUCCUCUGAGUGAGAAGGCUGAAAUAACUACCACAGAUGUACUGAAAAGUGCAAAUGAAGACAUUUUGAAUAAGAUAGAGCAUGCUAUCAAUGUUGUACAAGCUAAGCUUUUGCCCUCUGUGAUAAAAUUCAUUCCCAAGAUAUUGAGUGCUCCUCCAAAUUCUGAUCUUGAUCAAGUUGUAGAGCCAUUGCUAGAGUACAUCACUGUUAAUGUUGGUAAAUUAGGGAAAUCACUUUUGACACCAAUAUUCCACAAAAUACUGCAUCACUUGUGGAUUCAUAUAGUUAUGGCUCUAAAAAAGUCAUACGAUAAAAUACCUCAUUCUGCAGAAAGUUUUCAACAUAUUGGUUUGAAUUAUGUCCUCCUUCACCUUUCAUACUUUUUUGAAGCUGAUGGGAAGGGACUAGACAGAAAGUUUAUUGAAAAUGACUCAUAUAAGACUUUAAGUGACGACUUAUUCUAUGCUACACAGUCAACUGAGGAUAAUAUUAGGAUUUUUUGCAAUGAUUUAGUGAAACAACAGGCUUCUUCUCAAAAUAAGUUUGGAAUACUUCAUGUUAGUCACAUAUACAAGCCAACUGAUAAAGUACUUUCAGCUGAAAUAGUUUCAGGAGAAAAUUUACAAGGACUGGAGCAAAGGAGAAGUAAUGUUUUUGUGCGGGUAUUUUUGCUGCCAACUUUUUCAGAAGCUAAUGAAAAGAUAUACAAAACAGAAACAAAGAAGCAAACACUUGAUCCAAUCUUUAAUGAGACAAUUAAAAUGCACAUUUCAUCUGAGCAGCUCUUCAAAGAGAGUGCCAUACUUUUAAUAGCUGUUUUGGGCCAAGAUACUUUCAGGAGCAAUGUUCUCAUUGGCCUUUGCGCUAUACCUUGCACUUCAAUACCGAUUGAGGGAACAGAGCCAAAGAUGGAACAUCUUCAUCUUUUUCAUUAUGAGAGAACAAAGGCUUACAAGGAAUUGGAGUUGAGACAUGCUGACACAAUAGCACAAGACUUUCUCAGACGCAUUAAUAAUAUGUCUGAAUACAAGAAAGGAGCAAAUUUCAUGCAGGUGUUUCAGAAACUGGUAAAUGUACAUAAAACAGAUAAAAAAUGACUCUUAAAUAUUAAUAGUGUAAUCUGUUAUUGUCUUGUUAUGUUUUCUUUACCUUAAUCUUCCAUAUUUCCUUCAAUAAAAAUUAAUCAUCA